ACAGUUGAGACAAGGAUGAAGCAGCAGCGCUUUCCAUCACGCAUGGCGCCCGACAGUGCCGCAUUGCUUGACUACAUGAAUAAAACCUGAGCGACCCGGAAAGCGAUGUUUUUGCUACCCUUCCAUGUAUCCUUCAUCCCAUACGAACUCGAAUAAAAUCGUAGGAUACGGCGGACGUUACCAGCAACAAAAGGACGAAUUUAGGCCCUUGUUGGCGGUGCCCAAUAUUGACGGGGAGCGCUCUGCACGACAGCAGUGGCCAUCCAUCCCGCCUUUCCCCUCGUCUUCCACCACUAUGUCCAACUACGACGAACGCCUCCUGGCGAGUGCGCCGGCCGCCACCCGUGCGGAGAAGCAGGAAGGGUACAACGUCGACCUCUUGGAUAACUCGAGAGAGGCUCCGAAAUCAGGGAGUUCCUCACCCAUACCACCCGCUCUCGCACCUAACGAGGACUAUGCGGAGGAGGGUCGAACAAAAGAGACUCCUGCAUUCUACUCAUCUCCAAAGCCUUGGUACAAGACACGAAAAUGGAUCAUUAUCUUUGCCCUAGUCGCCAUCGCCUGUGUGGCAGCUAUCAUUGGAGGGGCAGUGGGCGGUACCCUCUCAAACAGACACAAAUCCGACAAUUCGCAGAAUAGCGACAACGGAAACUCUACAUCAGGUGAUUCACCUUCGGAGGGGAGUGACCAAGGUGCUGGGCCUCAACAAGGCGCAGGACCUCAGCAGGGAGGAGGGAUUGCUGCAUCUGCAUCUUCAGCUUCCGCUGUAUCUACCUCUUCUGCCCCAACAACAUCUUCAGCUGGUUCAGAGGGCUCAGAAGGCGGUGCGAUUGGAGCAGGUGGUGUCGCUGUUGCCGCGCCGACGCCUGGGGUUAUCGCGGCAAUUAACGGAGCGCUGUGAUUUUGACGAUAUCCACAUGUUGUUAUACCUAUACUGCUGAGUACCCUGCGUUCUUUGCUUGGACGUUUUUAAUCUUUCGUUGUACUUAUGGAGUGACUGAUACCAUACUGGAAUUCUUGGGGUGGAUUAUCAUCAAUGCUACUAUUACAAGGAUUGUCCUGACUAGCUCUUGGGAAAUCGUUGCCAGCAGGUGGAUACAUGCGGGUCUGGAUUGUGAUUAUACCAGCCUCCCACACUCAGUGGGGUUUCAUCGGCCCACUUUGAAUUCUCAGGACGUCUCACGGGGCACCUUUGAAAGCCUUCAGCGUUUUUGACAGUUGCCUGUACGUACGGUCCGGCUCGUCCCCUUGAUUGUUAAAAUCCUGUCUCGCUCGAAGACAGAGCUCAAAAACAACUUGCAGUAGCUUGUACAACCGAUCACACGCCGUUGAUGCAUAUCCCAGUUGUACAGGCUACAGGUACUGUACUGUUCAAAAU